AUGGCUCUUUUCAAGAUUACAACUUCUAAAUUAGUUGAAAUACAGAAAAUAUGCCCAACGGCAUCUAUCCUGCUCCGCAACUUGAGUGCGGAGAACACAAACCUUAAGAGCGUGCUGCAGGAGAAGAUUCCGAAGGAACAGGAGAAGAUCCGCGAGCUCCGUAAGAAACAUGGCGCCACCAAAAUGGGAGACGUCACCGUUGACAUGAUGUACGGUGGAAUGCGCGGAAUCAAGGGUUUGAUCUGCGAAACAUCAGUGCUUGACGCUGAUGAAGGUAUCAGAUUCCGUGGUCUCUCCAUCCCCGAGUGUCAAAAGCAACUGCCCAAAGCCAAGGGUGGUGACGAGCCUCUGCCCGAAGGUCUUUUCUGGCUUCUUGUCACUGGGGAAGUUCCCACCGAAGCCCAAGUCGCUGCGAUAUCCAAGGAAUGGGCUCAAAGGGCGGAAUUACCAGCCCACGUCGUGACAAUGCUGAACAAUAUGCCAACCAAAUUACACCCAAUGUCGCAAUUUUCGGCUGCCGUAACUGCCCUUAACAGCGAGUCUAAGUUCGCUCAAGCCUACUCUGAGGGUGUGCACAAGUCCAAGUACUGGGAGUAUGUUUACGAAGACGCAAUGAACUUGAUCGCUAAGUUGCCCGUGAUUGCCGCAACCAUCUACCGCAACGUCUACCGCGAUGGAAAGGGAAUCGGUGCCAUUGACGAGAACAAGGAUUGGUCAGCUAACUACUGCACCAUGCUUGGCUUCGACGACGCACAGUUCACUGAACUAAUGCGUCUCUACCUCACCAUUCACAGUGACCACGAGGGUGGAAAUGUAUCAGCCCACACAACUCACUUGGUCGGAUCAGCUCUUAGCGACCCUUACCUGUCAUUCGCUGCUGGACUUAAUGGUCUGGCUGGACCACUCCACGGUCUCGCCAACCAAGAGGUAUUAAUCUGGUUGGAGAAGCUCCGUAAGCAAGUUGGUGACAACUUCACAGAGGAGAGCCUGAAAGAAUUCAUCUGGAAGACCCUGAAGUCUGGUCAAGUUGUUCCUGGAUAUGGACACGCUGUGCUCAGAAAGACUGACCCUAGAUACACAUGCCAACGUGAAUUUGCACUCAAGCACUUGCCCAACGACCCAUUGUUCAAACUGGUGGCUGCCGUUUACAAAGUCGUCCCACCAAUCCUAACUGAGCUUGGCAAGGUCAAGAACCCAUGGCCCAAUGUGGACUCGCACUCCGGUGUAUUGCUACAGUAUUACGGUUUGAAGGAGAUGAACUACUACACUGUUAUGUUCGGUGUCUCCCGUGCAUUGGGUGUUCUUGCACAACUUGUCUGGUCUCGCGCCCUCGGAUUCCCUAUUGAAAGACCAAAAUCUUUCAGCACUGACGCCCUCAUCAAACAACUUGGAAAAUAA